GGCUCCCGCCCCGGCGGCUGCGAGGCAGGGAGAGGCAAGGAGAGGCAGGGAGAGGCAGGCAGCGGCCUCCGGCGUCCCCCAGCUGCGGCCGCGGCUCACCCCGGGCCGGCGGCUCGGUGCUUGGCUUCUCCCACGCCGCAGCCGCGGCGCGCCGGGGCCCUGCAGAUGGCCAGUCCUGGGCUGGAGCUGGGAGAGGUUCAGCCUCCUCCCGAGCCCCCCCAGCCUGAGCUGGCCUUCACCGAGGCUCAGAAGUGGAUCGAGCAAGUGACAGGCAGAAGUUUUGGUGAGAAGGAUUUUCGUUCCGGAUUAGAAAAUGGCAUUCUUCUGUGUGAGUUGUUGAAUGCAAUAAAGCCGGGAUUGGUAAAAAAGAUCAAUAGACUACCGACUCCCAUUGCAGGUUUGGAUAAUAUCAUAUUAUUCUUACGAGGCUGCAAAGAGCUGGGACUUAAGGAAUCUCAGCUUUUUGAUCCUGGUGAUCUGCAGGACACAUCAAACAGAGUAACCAUCAAGAACGUUGACUAUAGUAGGAAGCUGAAAAAUGUAUUAGUCACCAUUUAUUGGCUAGGGAAAGCGGCAAACAGCUGCACGUCAUAUAGCGGAUCAACCCUGAACCUGAAGGAAUUUGAAGGUUUCCUGGCACAAAUGAGAAAGGAAACAGAGGAUAUUGAGAGCCCAAAGCGCAGCAUUCGUGACAGUGGUUAUAUAGACUGCUGGGACUCUGAACGCAGUGAUUCCCUCUCCCCACCUCGCCACGGCAGAGAUGAUUCCUUUGACAGUCUGGACUCCUUUGGCUCCCGCUCGCAGCAGACACCAUCUCCAGAUGUAGUGCUCAGAGGGAGCAGUGAUGGGAGAGGAAGUGACUCAGAAACUGACCUGCCACACAGAAAGAUGCCAGAUGUGAAAAAAGAUGAUAUGUUGGCGAGGCGGACCUCACACGGUGAACCUAAAUCAGCUGUGCCUUUUAACCAGUACCUUCCGAACAAGAGUAAUCAGACUUUCUAUGUACCUGCUCCACUUCGGAAAAAGAAAGCUGAGCGAGAGGAAUACCGAAAGAGCUGGAGCACAGCGACCUCACCGCUAGGAGACAGACCUUUCAGUAAACCUCACCCUGAAACCAUAGAAGAAGAACUGAAUGAAACAUCGGGACUGUGUGAAAAGGAGAAAGUGUGCUCUGUGGCUCCUGAGGCAAGCUCCCUUAAAAAUCAAUUAAAUUUGAAUCAAAGUGAAGAAAACUCCGUAGACCGGUCUCCUUCAUGUAGUGCAAAAGAAACAUCAGCACCCAAGGGGAAAGAUACGGAAGAGAUCAGAAAGUUAAGAAGACUGGAACAAGCUGGCAUUAAGGUCAUGUCAGCAGCCCAGCGCUACGGCAGUAAAAAGCUGAUAUGUGAAGACACCGGAACCAUCCCAGACAUCAUCCUUCGCAAGGACAAUCCCUUCAUGACACAUUAUCAAGGAAAGGAUUCUGGUUCAGAAGAUGAAGCAACCAGCAGAGUUCCUGAUUUAGAAAAGGAUGACUUUGCCACCCGAAGAGCCAGAUUGAAUCAACCCAAACACAUAGUUCCAUUUAACUCCUUUUUAGUUGGAUCCUAUACAAGUAAAGAUAAAGGUAAACUGGAAGAUGUUAGAAAGCCAUUGCAGAUGGAAAAAAAGGAACAUGCAAGAAGAAGAUGGGUGCAAUUGACAUCAGUAGGGCAAAUAGUGACAAACGAAGAGAACCCACUUCUGCAAAAUGAGGAGAUUGAAUCAGAGAGGGAACAGCAGAUGAAAGAGCCUGAUACUGAGAAAGAUGAUUUGGCUAAACAGAAAUCUCAAAGCACCCUUCCUCAGCUACAAGAAGAUGGGAUUUUUGUGAGUGCCUCGAUAACAGAAGCAGAUCUGGAGACCUGGAAAAGAUUGAAAUUGUCAGUGGAUCCCAGUGAAGAAGAUUUCAAAUGUCCCAGCAACACUCUGCCGCCAACUGAUACGACGGUGAAAGCAGUAGCCCAUGAUGAUUUUGCUGUCCGCAAAGCCAAAGCAAACAAAAAAACUGGUAGCCCCAAGCAGAAGUUUGUGCAUUUUGGGCCAGUAACUGAGAUUGAUCAACAGAAAUGGGACAGGCUUGUUAUUGGCAGAGCUUCAUCUAAAAUCGGAACAGAAGAGGAAAGCAAGAAAGACUAUAUGGAGAGUCACUCUGGUGUUGAAAGCUCUCCUUCAACCACUGUCGUCAGUCUUGGGUUUGCUGAACACAGCGAUGAAGUAUCUGAGCCAGAGAAUGAGUCCAGUGAGGUGGUCAAAUCAGGUAUAGAUGACUCUUGCAGGAGAAUUGCAUCAGCUGUACUGGCUUCUGACAUCGUCUCUGAAAAACAAACCCCAUGCAGUUUGAGCAAACAGCAAGAAAGCACCAAGGAAGAAUGCCAUAGGCAUGUACCAGAUGUUGAGAGAGAUGAUAUGUUGGUUAGAAGGAUGGGAACUUUUCAGAGGCGUACCACUAGCUCCGUUCCCAUAUGUUGUCGUACCCUGUCAGUAGCUCCUCAUGUGCUGCAGCAGCAGCAAGAGGAGACAGUAGCUCAUGAGAAGGAUUUGAAGACUCCGCAGGAAGGAGAAAGUACUGUAAAACGAGAAGAGAACCAAGAACAGCUUGAAAUCCCUCAGCUGCAGAACGAUGGAACAGAAAACAACAUGAAAUUUCCCGACCCACAAAGAGAUGACAUGUUGGCUAGAAGAACUGGAGCUUUUCUGAAACAGCCUGGGCCCAAUGUUAAGCAAUUCCUUCCCAUGCCAUUUUCAAAGCAUCAGAAUAAGCAGGACACAACUACAGAACUUGAGAAGAAAACAACGAGGCCUGAAAAAUGUCCACAAGUCUGCAUUAAUAUCUCUGAAAAACCUGCAAUACAACCACCGCAAGAACAGCAGCAAGGGCAGGAAAAAGACAGUCUCCCUCCUACAGGACAAGAUGAGAUUAUUUGUACAGCCCAAGUGGGCGAAAAUGGCCAUAAUGAAGUCCACCUUGGUCAAACGUCUAAGCUUCAGGAGGUUCCUGAGGAAAACAAGAUGGAAACACUGUCAUCCAAGGAUGAGCAUCUGCAAACAUUCGGCCCCAGAACUGCUGUGUCUGAUGACGCAGAGAGUAUGAGCAUGUUUGACAUGAGAUGUGAAGAAGAAGCUGUGACUCAGCCUCACAGCAAAGCUCGCCAUGAGAAACUGCAGAAUAUACACAACCAGUUGAAAGAGGACGAGACCAGAUGGCAAGAUGACCUGGCUCGGUGGAAGAGUCGUCGAAGAAGCGCUUCACAGGAUUUGAUAAAAAAGGAAGCUGAGAGAAAGAAAAUGGAAAGAUUACUGUCUGGAGACGGAACGAAUGAGCGCAGAAAAAGCAUCAAAACCUACCGAGAAAUUGUGGAAGAGAAAGAGAGAAGAGAGCGGGAGCUUCAUGAGGCAUACAAGAAUGCAAAGACACAGGAGGAGGCUGAGAGCAUCCUCCAGCAAUACAUUGAAAGAUUCACUAUCAGUGAAGCUGUCCUUGAGCGUUUGCAGAUGCCAAAAAUUCUGGAAAGAAGCCAUUCAGUGGAGCCAAAUUCCCCACUGAAAGACCCAAAUCCUCUGAGAUAUUUAAGGCAACAGUCACUUCCUGCUCCAAAAUUCACUGCCACCAUUGAAGCAACCAUUGUUCCCACCACUGAACUAGAGUCCAGUGGUUCGACGGGACGCAUAUCUCCCAGCAAAAGCACCCCCAAGGCUGUGCCUAUGCUGACACCCAAGCCUUACUCACAACCCAAAAAUACACAGGAAGUUUUAAAGAACUUUAAGGUAGAUGGAAAAGUCAGCAUGAAUGGAGAAAAUGUCAACGGCACAGAAGAGAAGGAUAAAGAGUGUUCAACAGUAAUAUUUACUCCUUCGCCAAGCAGAUCUCUGAAAUUUGAUGGAGUAGCCAGAGGGGACAGGCCUCCAGUAGAGUUGAAGAAGGACCCCCCAAGUGUUGAGCUCAGUUUACAGAGGCCUGCCACUCAGAGUGUGCACAAAGAGCCAACAGCCUCCCCGGUGGAAGCGGAUGCAGCUGCCAGCCCACAGGCCGAGCCCAGCCCCAACGGUACAGCCCCUGCUUGCCCAGUGUGCCCGUCCCCAGGUUCAGAUCAAAAGCAAUUCAAGUCAACUGCAGCUUGUGCCAGCCCUGUUGUGAAGAGAUUAGAAUUUCUUCCCAGUCCUGUCCCUUUGGAGGAAGCUGCUUCAAGCAACAAAGAUGUAAAAAAAGCUGAAAUGGAACAGCAGAAGGAAGCAGAGCUCCCUCCUACACCAGAGGUGAUGAAAGCAAAAGCUCUGGAACAAAAGGGGAGUGUAGUGUUGCCGUUUUUAAAGAAACUACCGGAGACCAGCCAAGUUACUCUGCAUAAUUCGGUUCUACAAGCUGAAUCUGAUAGUGGUGACAAAUCAAAUCGUUUCAAUUUUUGGUCCUGGGAUCCAGAAGAAGAGCGAAAGCGCCAGGAAAGAUGGCAACAUGAGCAAGAACGCUUGCUUCAGGAGAAGUAUCAGAAGGAGCAGGACAAGCUGAAAGAGGAAUGGGAAAAGGCCCAGAGAGAAGUUGAAGAGGAGGAGCGUAGAUACUACGAGGAGGAACGCAAGAUAAUUGAGGAUACUGUAGUUCCAUUCAUUGUUUCUUCAAACUCUGCUGAGCUCCUCUCCUCUUCUUCCUCUACCACUGACGGAAACAAGACAGUGAACUCAGCUGAUUCAAACAGCUGUCCAGAGGAAGGCAAACAAAAAGAAGUAACAAGGCAGAAAAAGCUGCUCUGGGAGCAGGACAGUAUGCCAUCUCUGAAAAGCAAGGAAAAUGAACUCUGGCAAGAAAAGAGGAGUGAAAAUAAAGUGCUCUCAGGAUACCCAGAGACAGGUAUCUUGAAAGGAGGAAGUGAACAGGAGCACCACAUGCCGAUGAUGGAGCACAGCUCACCUGCCAGGCUGAAUCUGCCGUUGACUCAGGAUGUCUCCUGGAAUCAGCAGUUGCUGACAAAGCAAUCUCCGCAUCGCACAGAGGACAUUCGGCAGAGACCGUUCUCAGGCCAGACUGCGGGACAGCAGCCAAGCUCUGCAGGGGAAGCAAGGAGGGCAGGCUAUCAUGAGAACUUCCGAUCUGGGCCAUCAUCUCCCUGCUCUCCUGCUGCUCUGAGUCAGUCACCCAACAGGUCUGUCAGCGGAAAGAAGCUUUGUUCUACCUGUGGGCUCCCUCUUGGAAAAGGAGCUGCCAUGAUUAUUGAAACACUCGGUCUUUAUUUCCAUAUUCAGUGCUUCAGGUGUGGCAUUUGCAAGGGACAGCUGGGAGACGCAGCGAGUGGGACAGAUGUCAGGAUUAGAAAUGGUCUUCUUAACUGCAAUGAUUGUUAUAUCCGAUCCAGAACCGCUGGACAGCCAACUACAUUGUGACAUGACUUUCAGUCCUAAUAACUUUCAAGAAGGAACUCUCUUCUCGUAUGUAUCGGCUGCCUCCAGACAAUCACUUGUAAAAGCUUGAAUCCAUGGACAUGAUGGCUCUCAUCUCGUUUUUAAAAACUCACAAAAAAGCUGCACCUGCUCCUUUGAAAUGCAAUAUGUUGGUUUUUGCAAAAUAUGUAUGACCAUGUUUGGGAAGGCAAAGCCUAAGUAGUAAAAAAAAAAAUCCCACCUUUCAGGUAUGCUUAUGAUUUCCAGUCUGUUACCUUGUCCUUUUGAAAGUAAUAAGAAAAUAAACAUGCAAUAAAGCUGUUUUGUUUUAAUAUUUCUAGGAAUUAAAAAGUUUAAGUUUACAGAACCUUUAUAGAAUAUGCCAAUUCAAAAUGAGAAGUAAUUUUAAGAUAGUAUCUAAUCAGUGCAUUUGAAAAGCAACUAAACAUCACAGCACGACCUCUCUGUUAUAACUGAAGCUAUAACUUUUUUUAUACAGAGACUAGUUUGAUAAUACAUCCUGUAAUUCUGAAGCAUUUUGUGUUUAUAUUACCUUCAGUGGAGGGUAGGAGUUAUAUAAAUAAAUUAUUGCACCUUUAGCGAUAGGAUUUUUUGUUUGUGUACCUCAAGUAAUGUUCAUGACUAUAGCUUAAUAUUCUCUCAAAUAAAGAUUCCUUCAUUAAACCUAAAGACUGCAUACCGUUAACCACGGCAAGAUUCCCAUCAGGAGCAAUCCUUCUUACUAAGUUCAGCAGCCUGUGUUGUUGCUAAACUCAGUGAAAGAUGAUGUGGGGGAGACCCAGCUGAGUUGUGAGUCUCUGCGCUGCAGUUUGAUACUAUGGUGAAGCUUUUCUCUUUGGCAUGUAAAUUGCUAAUCAAGGGUUCACGUUGGUUUGAGGUCUGCUCAUUCACUUGCAAAUAUUGCACUUGGUUGAAAUCUAGUGCAGAGAAACACAUUUGGUUUGGGUUCUCCCCAGAGCUCAGAAUUAGACAGCCUUGAGCCAUCCACCCAAAAUAAGUCAGCAAAAGCCAAGAGUGUGGAAAGCAGGCAGGGAGGAGGCUGACAGCAACAGGCAGAAAAACUAACUUGCCUGUGUUUGGGACAGUUUUCCUUUGUGCUCUUUCAUUAGGCAUGUGCUCCUUACUGAAGCGAUCCAGCAGCUCAUUGAAACAGCAGUUCAGCAGUUAUCUACAAUAAAAUAAAAAAGUUAGGGAACAUGUUGCAUCUGUAAAAUAUCCUAGCACUUUUUGGUGAACUGUUACUGGAAAUAUCCCGUUUUAGCUGUUCAUUAUACAUCUUAAAACGGAGGGAAAAAAUUUACUUGUUCUGCCUUAAAACUGUGAUAAAUCUAAAUGGAGGUUUCUUUUAACUAUGUGCAUAUCUGUUGUCCUUUGAUGUGUUGGUAAAUGGAAAUUAAAUAGUUAUUAGGGAAGCAAUAAUUUUGAGGUUUUCUCUAGGUAGCAAUUAUUUAUUCAAAUGCUAGACAGUUGCUUGCAUAUGAGUUACAUAACCAUGCAAAACUGCGUGUCAUUGAAUACCCACAUGCAAUGAUGUUGUUGGAGGACAUUGUGACUAUCUGCUGGAAAGUUACAUGUUACUUCCUUACUAUUGUGCCUUAGAAAAUGCGAAGCUGUUGCACACAGUCAGCAAUGACUUAGGGAUGCAAUAAAUCCAACAAGCUGAAGUCCUUUAUGGAAUUCACCCGGGGAAUAUUUUUAAGUAAAAAUAAAAUAAGUCAGACAAAUGUUUUGGAACUAAAAGUGAUAUCCAAUAUUUUGAUCAACAACCUGCAUGAUUUACUGUUAAAGGGUUUUAAUAAUGAAGAUGCUUACUCUUUGCAUGUGGUCAUUGUAACAUUUUCCCGCAAAGAAUGUGUAACAUGAAAAUUUGAGAAACAGAUUUUGUAACUGACUUGGUACAUCUCUAUAACUCCAUGCGCUGCAUUAAGGAUAUGUGAAUAUAUGAUGUCUGAACCUAAUUUUUAAACAAGACCAUGCAUGCUUGUGUGUCUGUCUGGUAUGAGUCACUAUCGCUGCUUCACCCAUGUGAUAGAGUUAGAUGUGCAAAUCGGUCCCCAAGUGUAUAAAAAGGGCUGGUUGUCACAGAGGUUAGAUCUGCUUCUCAUUCACAUAGAGGAGGUAAAGUGCCCAAAAGGCUUAGAACCAUGGUUGGCAUAAAGUGCAUGGGCAAGGGGUGGGGGUUUGCAUCACACUGCAGACACACCAGUGGGUCUCUGGAGUUGCUUAGAAAUUGAUCCCAGUGUCUAUCAAUUAGUUUCAUGUAUGCAUGUUUUAGCAAAGUUGAUUGUAUGUAAAGCAAAAUGAAGCAGUGUUCGACAACGAAGAUUUUUCCCACUAAUGAACAUCUGUUCACCAGCACAGAAUAAUUUCAACAGUUUUCUAAAUUGUGCUUGCCAACAGCUUAUGUUUAAUUUUAUAUUCCCUUCGGAAUCUUCGGAAUACAUGGUAAAUUCAUUCAGGCUAAGAUUGUUUUUCCUUUUUUUUCCAGUUUAAACACAUAAAUGUGAUACAUUGCUAAUCAGGAACUGUGAGCACAGAAAAAAAUAACACUUUCCUACAUUUGAACCACAAUAUAAAUGUAUUUGUUGCAUAAAUGAUUUAUUAUUAAUAAGCAAAUACAAUAUAUGUAAUGGGUUUUAGAUCUUUUGGAAUUUAUUUAGCCUCGUACUAUUUCAGAAAACCUGAACAGGUGUCAUAACCCAUCUGUAUUUUACAAGCCCAUUUUCCAUGGUGUAUUUUUCCUUACUCUUGCUAUGUAGUGUUAUUGAUGCAGUACAUCUGUAGUUCUCAAUGAAUGUCCUAAAGGUUGGUGAACCAGAAGGGGACCAUCCUUAUCUGCAUGUCCAUUCAGGGACGAGGAUUGCUGUCCUAGCUGGGGUUAAUGUUGAAUACCAAUUAUGCUAAUCUUUAUUUUAUUUAUUCUAAAAUGCCUCUGGAAAUUAGGAAAUCUUGUCUAAAAUGCAACAGCUUUUAUAGUAAAUGUAUGUUUAUAAAUAAAAUGUUGAUUACCUUUGA